GCUCGUCCCCAGCGAUUCGCACUCGCACCUGGCGCCAAAUAAAAAGCCAAAUCAAAAGCCGUCAAAACACCAAACUCCGCUGGUCGCGCAUGCGCACGCGCUCAAAGAAAUCGAAACGAAAACGAAAAGCAGCCGAGAAGUGACCGUUAUUAUCGUAGAGCCCCUUAGGCCCGACCAGCAUCUAAAGUCGUUAUAUAAUCGAGAGUGGAAACUGCAGAAACGGGCUUCUUUCUGGCCAAAAACUGAAACGCCAGCUUCUGCGCACAAAUCGCCAUGUCGACGCCGCCCAGCCAGCGGACUAAUUAAUGCGCGGUCGUGGAAAGAAAAGCAAAGCGAAGCUGGGAGACCUCGUUAAUUAUAAUACUUAAAGCCGGGAAAAAGCGCGAUCCGCCUCCGUUCCCAGUUCCCGGUACCCCGUACCCGAAACAGUCCCCCGGAAAAAAACCCUCGACCGCCCAUUCGACUGACAGCGUGAAAGUGAAAAGCAUCUGGUCAUCGCCAGCAGGACAAAGCCACAGAUACAGAUACUAUAUCUAUCUGAAGAGACAUCUCCGUAAACGGCCUCUGUGGGUCAGUCAUGCGCGCGAUGAGCAGCUGAGCUGCGCCAGCUGCCCGAGGAGCGGCCGCCAAGAUGAUGAAGCCAUCACAGACACAGUCACGGUCACAGUCACGGUCACACUCGCAGUCACACUCGCGGUCACACUCGCAAGGCCACUGGCAGCCUCCAGUGGCUAACUCAGCGACCUUGAGCUGGCUGUGCCUCCUGCUACUGCUGCCCUCUUCCAGGCAGUUUGAGACGGACUGUGGCUGUCGGCCAGCGCGUAGAGGACCGCGGAUAAUUGCAGGAGCUGCCACAAACGAGGGCCAGUUCCCCUGGCAAGCCUCCCUGGAGCUACUGCACCCAUCGCUCGGAUUCCUGGGCCAUUGGUGCGGGGCGGUGCUGAUCCACCAGUAUUGGAUACUCUCCGCCGCCCACUGUGUUCACAACGAUCUCUUUAACCUGCCCAUCCCUCCGCUGUGGACUGUGGUACUGGGCGAACACGACCGCGGCGUGGAAUCGGGCAACGAGCAGCGCAUUCCCGUCGAGAAGAUCGUGAUGCACCACCGCUACCACAACUUCCGGCACGACGUGGUGCUGAUGAAGCUCUCAAAGCCGGCGGAUCUCGCCAGGGCCUCCAACAUCCGGAGGAUCUGCCUGCCCUUCCUGCUGGCCGAGUCGCAGGAUGCGGCACUUUCGGAGGCAGCGUCCCCAACUGUCGCACCAGCUGACGUGGACGUGCUCCUCCAGCAGUUGGAGCUGGAGGAUGUGCCCGAGAAGAUAGACAACUUCCUGCGCAGUGUCCAGAGCCGCCGGCGCUACAGGAAUGUCACGGCUCCCAGCAUGAAGGAGCUGAUGAACAUGAAGAUUCUCAGCAGGAUGCGUCAGGCGCUGGCGCAACGCUCCCCGCGCAGCGUGAAACGCUCGCGAAGACGCAACGACAAGUUGAUGAAGCUGGGUCCUCGGAGGGAUUCGGAGGACUCCGCAGAGCAGAAGCACCUUAAAGUCAAUGAGGAGCCAAAGGAGAUGGCCUUUGUGGACUGCGUGGCCACGGGCUGGGGCAAGGCCAACAUCAGUGGGGAUCUGUCCAAUCAACUGCUGAAAACUCAGGUGCCACUGCACCAGAACGGCAGGUGCAAGGAUGCCUACGGCAGCUUCGUGAACAUCCACGGAGGACACCUGUGCGCCGGCAAGCUGAACGGCGAGGGCGGCACCUGCGUGGGCGACUCCGGCGGACCGCUGCAGUGCCGCCUGAGCCGCGACGGACCCUGGAUCCUGGUGGGGGUCACCUCCUUCGGCUCGGGGUGUGCCCUGGAGGGCUUCCCGGACGUCUACACCCGCACCUCGUACUACAUGAAGUGGAUCGAGGACACGAUCGCCGCCCACUGAAUCAAGGAUUACAUUGCUAUCGACCUGUAUUUAUCGAGUGCAAGCUCAGCUGUACAUUGCUUACUGUUACCACUCUACUUUAAGUGUAGCCCAAACUUAUCGUUAUCGUUAACUAGUACGUAGGCACGGACGUUCCCUAAGUUGUUUCCGAUGAGCACAAUAAUUUACACCGAAUCUUAAGCCUAAA